AUUUAAAAUCCUUUUGGUGCUAAUCAAAGUGGUCUUGUGUUCUCUUGUUUGGGAAGGAGUAGGAGGUUUUGCUUUCCAAGAACUUUCCUUUUUGCUUUCCAGAAACAGUCAACAAACAAAAUCCACGUUUGUUUUACUGCAGCAGGAUUGUGUUCAUGCGCAGUGUGAUAUUUCAGUGCCUGAGAAGCAGUAAGCAAGACAGCAGUGAUCAACAAUAAUCUUAAUUCCCAGCCCAGCAGAUACCAGUUUAAGAAAAGAAAAAGGCUUAAAUGAUCAAGCAAAGGAAUUACUUGAAAGAGGAGUUGUAAGGCAAAAGUAUGUAAAGGCACUUAAGUUCUCACACUGGUGUUUUACUUUGAAAGGAAGAUUUAAACUUUUAAAACCAGAAGGUGCUUUACAGGGAACAUAAACAGGGAGGUAGAGGAGGGGACAAACUAAAAUAACUGAAGCAGCGAUGAAGUGAUGAAGGACUCGACUCUGUCUUUUCAAAGAGCAGUGUGGAAAUCGUUUCUGUUGAAAGCCCCCAAGCAACCACUGAUCUGCUUAUAUGAGGAAGAAGCAACCAUGAAACUUCUUGUGGCUCUGGGCUGACUGGGAAGUGAGAGGUGCUGGGGCUGGGCCUGUCAUAAGUGUGGUCUGACAAGAAGGAACCUGGCUGGAGGUUUAAUUGAACACGUGGCUUCCUGGGGAGGUGCAGAGGAGGUGCUGGAGGGCAGGGGAGCAGCUGUGCAGAUCAGACCCUGGACUGAGCUUUGCUGCUUACCAGAUAUCAGCUCCUCAGUCCUACUGCAGACCAUAUCUGGUCCUAAGCAGGAGGAACAGUACUUGUCCUUGUAGAAUGUUCAGUGAAGCUCCCAAAGGCGAGGGAGUUCUGCCAUCUCAGUUUGGACUUGGUGGUCUCUGAGCUCUUGGUGGGUCCCUUCCAGCUCAGAAUAUCCAGUGAUUCUGUGACACCACAUGACCCUGGUGUAGCUGCCCAGAAGGAGUUUCUUGCCACUCUGUAAAUCACCACUAAGGACAUCUGCUCCAACCUUGGAUCUCUGUUGAAGACUCUUCAUGUUGACUUCAAACACAUUUGGGACAGCUUCUGCCUCACUGUUCCCCUUUCUACCACUGCUGAACUUCUUUUGAUGCCACAGGGGAGACAGGAAGACCUGGCCACCACCCUCACCCUGCUCCUGUCCUUGUCAGGGAUCUGGUGUCCAACAGGAGCUGAGCUGGGCCUCAGCCAGCAGGGGCCAUGCGAUGCUCCCUGAAACGCUCCCUCACGGUUCUGCUUGCUGCUUCCUUCUUCCUCCUCCUCUUCCUCCUCCUCCAUGGGGGCAGCCGGCAGGAACAGGAUCCCCUGGAGGUGCAGCUCAGAGGCCUGGCUCCUGACAUGAUCCUGCAGCUGCUGCAGCCAGAGGGAGCCCAGCGCAUCCUGAGGGACACAGCUGAGCUCUCUGCACUGCACAACAUCUCCUACCAGCUCCUCGCAGGCUCCCUGGCUCCCCAAAAAAAAUUCCUGGCAGUAGGAAUGGCAUCCGUGCAGAGGCCACGUGGUUUCUACCUCCUGGCCACACUCCAGUCCCUGUUCAGCCAGUCCACGGAGGAGGAGCUGCAGGAAAUGGUGGUGGUGGUGCACCUGGCUGACACCGAUCCUGGCUGGAACGUGCGCGUUGCCACCACCAUCACCCAGAAGUUUGCUCGCCAUAUCCUCCUGGGCCAGCUCCUGCUCAUCCACGCUCCCCCUGAGUUCUACCCCACCCUGGAAGGCCUAAAGAGGAACUUCAAUGAUGCAGAGGAGCGGGUGAAGUUCCGCUCCAAGCAGAAUGUGGACUAUGCCUUCCUGCUCGCCUUCGCCGCCAACCUCUCCUCCUACUACCUGAUGAUCGAGGAUGAUGUCUGGAGUGCCAGGUCCUUCCUGACAGCCAUCCGCAGGGCACUGGCUUCCCAGGAGGGCUCCAACUGGGCCACCCUCGAAUUCUCCAAGCUGGGCUACAUCGGAAAACUCUACCGCUCCAGUGACCUUCCUCGCCUGGCUCACUUCCUCCUCCUCUUCUACCAGGAAAUGCCCUGUGACUGGCUGCUGGUCCACUUCCGCCAGCUGCUCACCCAGAAGGAUGUCAUCCGCUUCAAGCCAUCUCUCUUCCAGCACAUGGGCCUCUACUCCUCCUUCCAGGGCACUGUCAACCGGCUGAAGGACGAGGAUUUCCAGGCCGAUGCCUUGGACCUCCCGGACAACCCUCCAGCAUCCCUGUUCACCAGCAUGUCCAUAUUUGAGAACUAUGAGCCCCUCAAGGCCUACAGCUUGGCACAGGGGUACUUUUGGGGCAAAGACCCAGCAGCUGGCAGUACUUUUUCCAUUGUGUUCCAGCAGCCAGCCCGAGUCAGCCGUGUCCGGGUGCGCACCGGCUCUUUGGAGCGCCCGGGUGAUUUCCUGCGCGCAGGGCUGCUGGAGCUCGGCCAACACCGGGACCGCGGCCAAGACUGCUCCUCCUACAUCCCUGUGGGCUCCUUCAAGAAGGGGACCCUGGAGCAGCAGGGCCUGGAGAGGGUCCUGCCUGGGCCCGUGGAGUGUGUGAGGAUCCGGGUGACCCAGGACCAGAGUGAGUGGCUCAUCAUCCAGAGCAUCGACAUCUGGACCACAACAGGCACUUGAGCACAACACCUGUGGCAGGAUGUCAAAGCAGCUGGAUUUGUUUCCUUUAUUUUUCACAUUGCCUUUUUGGAUAAGAAAUUAAGUUACUUCUCCAUGUCUGGAGAGAUGGGAACCAUUGCUGUUGGCUGUGGAUGGGUCUAGGAGCACGGCACAUCGGAACGUACACCUGCUGGAAGAUGCCCCAAGGAACCAGGGAGGGAGCACAGGAAGGGGAAGGGGCUUGGGAAUUCAAGGCUGAGCAGUAGAAAAUCUUUCCUCCCAGGGAGGAUGAUGUACAGGACAAAGCUGAUCAGCUAAUUAACAAACCAAAUAAUUAA